GGUUCUCUCCCGAGCGCGGGCGAGGGAGGAGGCACGCAGAGGUGCAGCGACUUGCCCAGCCUUGUCAGCGCCAGGCGCGCAGCAGACUUCCCCUUUUCAACCCGACUGCCCUGCCCCUUGGGGAGGGUGGAUGGAGAGAGGUUCGACUCAGAAGCCUCAACGCUGACCACGAUCCAGACACGAAAAGAGAGAAGAGUUCCAGGCUAGCACGGCGUCGCGUUCUUACCCAAACGCCCCCCUCUCCCGCUGCCUCGGCUCCCCCCGCCACCGCCCGUGCUCGCCCAGAUUUCUCAGUUUGUCUUUCCCUCCACCCCCUGCUUUUCCUUCCUUCUCCCUUGCUCAGCUCACGCCCACCUUAGUUCAAAGCUGAGUAGAAGCACCACUGUUUUAGUUCCUAGAGUUAAAGCCGGAGAGGAGGGAGGAGCGAGGGGGUGUGCGCGGGGCUCUGCCCUGCCCAGGACUGCCGCGGUCCGCCGGUUGCGCUUCGCUCCACGGGUGUCCGACCGGGGCCGGAGCCUGAGCCCGGGGGCUUUACAGACAGACGCUUCACUUCCCGCCUUUUGCAGGCGCCCCACGCGUGCGAUCCUCACGGACCAGACCCGCGGGAGGAGUCUGCCCCCUCCCCGGCGCACAGGCGGGGCCCCGGGCGCGCCCCGCGUCUCCCCCGCGCGCCGGGGCGGAGGAGCGGGCGCCGCGCGGCAGUCGCCUAGGCCGGGAGGGCGGGCUCGGCUCCCCGGAAGAGGGGAGUGGGAAGGAGGCCGAGGGGGUAGGAGGGGCGGGUCGGGCUGGGAGGGGACGCGGAGGGGGCGGGCCGGGCUGCGCUGGCUCCAGCCGCGGCUCUAGAGCAGCGGGCGGCGGGACCCGGGACCCAGCUUGGCGACGGCGAUCGCGACGCGGGCCCCCAGGAUCUCCCGGCGCCCCACCUCUGGAGCAACCCCUGCCGCCAGCGCUAGGUCCGUCCCGGAAUCCCAGGGACUCGCGGCGCCGAACGGACCCGGGCCGGGGGUAGCGGGGUCCCCGGACUGGAGAAGACGCGGGUGGCACCUUGCGAGCUCCAGGAGCCCCGGCUCCACUGAGAGGCCUCGGGGCGCAGACCUGCAGAGACUGCGGCCAACGGGAAGGAGAGAAGUUCUUUUGCAUAUCCUCGUGUUAGAGAAUGUCUAAAUACUGACCAGUUCCUUUCGUGAGUUGAAGGAAAGAGGAAUCUGAAGCAGGCUGUGAGAGAAGAGCGAGGGGCCUGGCCUUGCAGACGCUGCUUCCCGUCUCUGUGGCAGGAGAGAUGUACUGGCCUGUGCCUGAGAUGCUCCGGACCCAAUGCAGAAGGUGCUCCAUGCCCAUAACCAUUGAAGACACCUUUAAAAAAAUCAGAUUACAGAAUCCAUCUAUGUUCAGACCAAAAGAAAGGGACUAUUUUAAAGAAUAACUUCUGGGCGAAUGAAAUAAAGAGAUUGUACUGCUCUAGUCCACCCGAUUCACGGACUUCUGAGACUCAGUCAGAGGAGAGACAGAGAACCACCAGUCUCUAGAUCAAUACGCAAAGGUGGUGCCAAAGCUGUUUGUCUUCAUUGUGACACUGGAGGGAGGCUGUUGGAGGAAGGAAGGCAAGUAAAUGAAGAGAAAGAACUGGAAUAACUCCUUCCAGGAAGAAAAGGGAAGCAAGCUUCGCUGAGUCUUGCAAAAGCUGCAGCCCCACCCAGGAGCAGGGUGGAGGCUGGGGCGAUGGUGGAUGCCCUGAAGAUGCCCCAUGGCUACUGAAGGGGCUGCCCAGUUAGGGAACAGAGUGGCGGGCAUGGUGUGUAGCCUAUGGGUCCUGCUUCUAGUGUCUUCAGUUCUGGCUCUGGAAGAGGUAUUGCUGGACACCACCGGAGAGACAUCCGAGAUUGGCUGGCUCACCUACCCACCAGGGGGGUGGGACGAGGUGAGUGUUCUGGACGACCAGCGACGCCUGACUCGGACCUUUGAGGCAUGUCAUGUGGCAGGGGCCCCUCCAGGCACUGGGCAGGACAAUUGGCUGCAGACACACUUCGUGGAGCGUCGGGGCGCCCAGAGGGCCCACAUCCGACUCCACUUCUCUGUGCGGGCGUGCUCCAGCCUGGGCGUGAGCGGCGGCACUUGCCGGGAGACGUUCACCCUUUACUACCGCCAGGCAGAGGAGCCCGACAGCCCUGACAGUGUUUCCUCCUGGCACCUCAAACGCUGGACCAAGGUGGACACAAUUGCAGCAGACGAGAGCUUUCCCUCCUCCUCCUCAUCCUCCUCCUCCUCUUCUGCAUCGUGGGCUGUGGGACCCCAUGGGGCUGGGCAGCAGCGGGCCGGGCUGCAGCUGAACGUCAAGGAGCGGAGCUUCGGGCCUCUCACCCAGCGCGGCUUCUACGUGGCCUUCCAGGACACCGGGGCCUGCCUGGCCCUGGUCGCUGUCAGGCUUUUCUCCUACACCUGCCCCGCCGUGCUCCGAUCCUUUGCCUCCUUUCCGGAGACGCAGGCCAGCGGGGCUGGGGGAGCCUCCCUGGUGGCAGCUCUGGGCACCUGUGUGGCUCAUGCAGAACCAGAGGAGGAUGGAGUGGGGGGCCAGGCCGGGGGCAGCCCCCCCAGGCUGCACUGCAACGGGGAAGGCAAGUGGAUGGUCGCUGUUGGUGGCUGCCGCUGCCAGCCUGGACACCAGCCAGCUCGAGGAGACAAGGCCUGCCAAGCCUGCCCUCGGGGGCUCUAUAAGGCUUCUGCUGGGAACGCCCCCUGCGCUCCGUGCCCUGCCCGCAGCCACGCCCCCAACCCAGCAGCACCCCUUUGCCCCUGCCUGGAGGGCUUCUACCGGGCCAGUUCCGACCCACCAGAGGCCCCCUGCACUGGUCCUCCGUCGGCUCCCCAGGAGCUUUGGUUUGAGGUGCAAGGCUCAGCGCUCAUGCUACACUGGCGCCUGCCUCGGGAGCUGGGGGGCCGAGGGGACCUUCUCUUCAACGUCGUGUGCAAGGAGUGUGAAGGCCGCCAGGAGCCUGCCAGCGGUGGUGGGGGCACUUGUCGCCGCUGCAGGGAUGAGGUCCACUUCGACCCUCGCCAGAGAGGCCUGACCGAGAGCCGAGUGUUAGUGGGGGGACUCCGAGCACAUGUACCCUACAUCUUAGAGGUGCAGGCUGUCAAUGGGGUGUCUGAGCUCAGCCCCGAGCCUCCCCAGGCUGCGGCCAUCAAUGUCAGCACCAGCCAUGAAGUGCCCUCUGCAGUCCCUGUGGUGCACCAGGUGAGCCGGGCAUCCAACAGCAUCACAGUGUCCUGGCCGCAGCCCGACCAGACCAAUGGCAACAUCCUGGACUAUCAGCUCCGCUACUAUGACCAGGCAGAAGACGAAUCCCACUCCUUCACCCUGACCAGCGAGACCAACACCGCCACCGUGACACAGCUGAGCCCUGGCCACAUCUACGGUUUCCAGGUGCGGGCGCGGACUGCUGCCGGCCACGGCCCCUACGGGGGCAAAGUCUAUUUCCAGACGCUGCCUCAAGGGGAGCUGUCCUCCCAGCUUCCGGAAAGACUGUCCUUGGUGAUUGGCUCCAUCCUGGGGGCCUUGGCCUUCCUCCUGCUGGCAGCCAUCACCGUGCUAGCCGUCGUCUUCCAGCGGAAGCGGCGUGGGACCGGCUACAUGGAGCAGCUGCAACAAUACAGCAGCCCAGGACUUGGGAUGAAGUAUUACAUCGACCCCUCCACCUACGAGGACCCCUGCCAGGCCAUCCGAGAACUUGCCCGGGAGGUCGAUCCUGCUUAUAUCAAGAUUGAGGAGGUCAUUGGGACAGGCUCUUUUGGAGAAGUGCGCCGGGGCCGCCUGCAGCCUCGGGGACGGAGGGAGCAGGCCGUGGCCAUCCAGGCCCUGUGGGCCGGGGGUGCCGAAAGCCUGCAGAUGACCUUCCUGGGCCGGGCAGCCGUGCUGGGUCAGUUCCAGCACCCCAACAUCCUGCGGCUAGAGGGUGUGGUCACCAAGAGCCGACCCCUCAUGGUGCUGACGGAGUUCAUGGAGCUCGGCCCCCUGGACAGCUUCCUCAGGCAGCGGGAGGGCCAGUUCAGCAGCCUGCAGCUGGUGGCCAUGCAGCGUGGAGUGGCCGCCGCCAUGCAGUACCUGUCCAGCUUUGCCUUCGUCCACCGCUCACUCUCUGCUCGCAGUGUGCUGGUGAAUAGCCACCUGGUGUGCAAGGUGGCCCGUCUUGGCCACAGUCCUCAGGGCCCAAGUUGUUUGCUCCGCUGGGCAGCCCCAGAGGUCAUCGCACAUGGAAAGCAUACAACAUCCAGUGAUGUCUGGAGCUUUGGGAUACUCAUGUGGGAAGUGAUGAGUUAUGGAGAACGGCCUUACUGGGACAUGAGUGAACAGGAGGUACUAAAUGCAAUAGAGCAGGAGUUCCGGCUGCCCCCGCCUCCAGGCUGUCCUCCUGGACUACAUCUACUUAUGUUGGACACUUGGCAGAAGGACCGUGCCCAGCGGCCUCACUUUGACCAGCUGGUGGCUGCAUUUGACAAGAUGAUCCGCAAACCAGAUACCCUGCAGGCUGAUGGGGACCCAGGGGAAAGGCCUUCCCAGGCCCUUCUGACCCCUGUGGCCCUGGACUUUCCUUGUCUGGACUCACCCCAGGCCUGGCUUUCAGCCAUUGGACUGGAAUGCUACCAGGACAACUUCUCCAAGUUUGGCCUCUGCACCUUCAGUGACGUGGCUCAGCUCAGCCUGGAAGACCUGCCCGCCCUGGGCAUCACCCUGGCUGGCCACCAGAAGAAGCUGCUGCAUCAUAUCCAGCUCCUUCAGCAGCACCUGAGGCAGCAGGGCUCGGUGGAGGUCUGAGGUUGCUGCCAGGGACUGACGAUGCCCGUGACUCACCCCUGGACACUGGUCCAAGAAGGGACAUGUGGGACAUGAGUGGGCUCCAACAGCCUCUGUGAGAGAUGCCCCACACCAAACCCAACCCUCCCGAUGCUGCAUUCCCUGGUCCUCCACCUCUCCACCAGCCUCCUCCUCAUUAAAGGGAAAGAAGGGAAUUUGCAA